AUGAAUAUUGUCGAUGCUAUGUGUUCAUUUUUACAGGAGAAGGUUCAAUACCUCUAAAAUGACGGCACUUUUCAGCCAUUAGAAAAUCUUCUAUUCCUUUUAAUCAAGAGUUGCCUUAGUGCUAUGAGAAUAACCUCCUUGACUCUCUCAAGAUAGAAUAACAUGCAUUAAAGUAAGUCUCUCAAAUAGCGCAUUACUAUGAAUAGGAUUCAUAUUGAGAAUGAAAGAGCAACUUGCUUAAAACAAUCUGAAGCUAUUAACUAGAUUUAAGAUGCAGAAAAAUAUAGGUGGGUAUCAAGAGAUCCAUCAGAAAUUGAUAAAGGUGAUAUGUGA